UACCAAGUAGGCCCUAUAGUUUAAUCUCGCGCUUAUGCCCACAACCAUCUUUUCCUGAAAAGGACUGGAGAAAGUCUACUCCUCAUAAAUAUUUAAUGUAGAACAUUAUAAAUGUACGAGGCAUAACCCUGGUAUAUUUGUAGAGGCCCUUGCAGCCAGUCAGUUGAAUCCAAGCGUAAAAAUACCACGCAGGGCAUGUGUGUCAUUCCCACUAUGCCGGUACAAGGGAAUACACGUGCGAAAACUAGCUGCAACAUCAUGCAAAGCCGGCAGAAGUGGGUGAUUUUUGCCGCGCUUUUUCGUCAUGGCAUUUAGGAGGUAAUCACGGCAAGGGCGUCAUUCUUUUCGUCUUCAAAGGGGCAUUGUGGUGACUCUAUUAUGGCCAAGCAACUGACCAUUGUGUGUUCUUAUUCGCGCCCAAAUCUAAACGGUGUUACGUCACGAGAAUGACUAAGAUUUUUCAAGUGAUUAUCAACCUACUGUGGAGACACUUGGUGCCCUUUGGUAUUUACAAAAAGUACGUCAAGAGAUUCAGACGUUACGAAUCUGCAGAGAAUCUGUGCAAACAUUCGAGCUCAGACGACGACUUGAGACACUUAGCGAGAAACAGAAGAUAUCGUUCCGUUGGUGAGACCGACUGUAAUUGGUAUAGAACUAAAGAGUAUUCGUAUAGAGAACUGGAACUAAGAAGUAUGCCGUGUGAUACAACAGACAACUGGGUGAGAUAUCAGGACGACAACAUGGUGAUUCCAUGCAACGGACAAGUCAACUCGGCCUUUGUGACCAACUCGACUCACGAGGACAGCAAUGGUAAUGGCUGCAUGACUUUGAAUGAUAAUUGGGUAAAUGAUAAUUGCAACACUAAAAUUACUCAAACGGACUUCAGCAUCGAUGGUGUGAUUGGAAGUGGCGGAUUCGGUUCGGUGUUCUUGGGGCGGUACGGUGGCCGGCGUGUUGCCGUGAAAAGCCUGCGACAGCGCACUAACAGGGAGGCAAGCCGGCAAAGUUUCAGGGCAGAAUUCAACGCACUGUACCUCAGACAUGACAAUAUCGUCAGCGUGUUAGCCACUACAGCUUUCGAGGACUUUGAAGCUGGUGCAUUUAUCAUUAUGGAAUAUGCAGGUAGGCGCAAUCUGCAACAGAUAAUUAACGACCCUGGGAGGAGUCUAACUCCCACGCGGAGAACCAAGUAUGCUGUGCAAAUCAUCCGGGCACUGCACUACACCCACUCACAAGGUAUUGCACACCUAGACGUUAAACCAGCCAACGUGAUCGUGGACAGCAACGACAUCUGUAGACUAGCUGACUUUGGUUGCUCGCAAAGAGUUCAUGAUGGUGAAGGUAACAUCUCCUUUACGAGCCCCUCCCAUCUCACCGGCACAUUUGCCUACCGUGCACCCGAGCUUCUUCGCGGCAGAGCACCCACGACCAAAGCAGACAUUUAUUCAUUCGGUGUAACCUUGUGGCAGAUGCUGACCAGAGAGACGCCAUUUGCAGGUGAGAACCAACAUGUGGUUAUUUUUGGUGUCGUUGCCCAUAACCUCCGCCCGAGCCUUCCCGAGAACGCUAACGAGGCCUGGUAUGAGAGUCUAGUCAGGAAAUGCUGGGAGGGGAGCGUUUCUAAACGACCAACCGCAGCAGAGAUGUUGGUUGCCCUGGAAAGCCGAGUAGAUGGUGACGAGUCACAAACCUGAAGAGACACUUUUUUGACGGCUUGAAUGCAGUCUACGAGUUUCUCUGAGAGGUGAUUUUGUAUUGCCGUUUGUGUGAGUUAUUCACAAGUGCCGAUUUUUAUGAAGUCCUUGGCUGUUAUUGAGUAGUCAGGUGAAUUUGACAGUCCGCUUGCCUUUACUUUUUGAGUCUAAGGUAAAUUAACCAAUGGACUCCCUCAUGGCCUAAAGACAGUACAACCGUUAUUCUUUUAACGCUAUUUUUUACUACCUGGUGUGAAUAUUUUAACGGUUUUUCUUUGUUGCAACAUUACUAUUUCAUCGAGAAUAUUUUCAACCAUAAUUUCAGCCGUGAGGUUCAUUUUAACUUCCUUGCAAUCGUAAUUGAAAUUAUGAUAAUUUGCAAAAUAUUGAUCUGUGACCAAAAUGAGGUUGAUAUGUUGUUUUAAAAUGCAUUAUGUGACAGUACUAAUUGACAGAAUUUUAAUUUGCAUAUCAGUCACGUGAUUUGAAGUUCCAACUCUCACCUAGGCAAGUACUAGUUCUGAUUAUUUUUAAAUAUUAAGUUGUUUAUAUCCUUAACAUUUUUGAAUUUAUAAACGAUUGUUUUAUAUAUUAUUCUCAGUGUAUUUAUUAUUUUGUUAAAUUCUUGAAAUGCUAUAUAUUUUGAAAUAACUGUUAAUCACUUUUUAUCUUAAUUGGAGAAAAUACAAAAAAUAUAAGCGUGUAUUUUGUUUUCUAAUAUUAUGUUUUCAGUGUAAAGUGCAAUAUAAUACUAAAGUGCCUUUCCUCACCAUAGUGAGAAGCUUUUAAACAUAUAACUCACCAUUCCAAUUUCAGGUUUGCAAUAAUAUAAUCAACUUCCGAAUACGAACAUAUUUAUUUUCUUAUCAAAGUUUAGUUUCUUGCAUAUUAUAUGUCUUUGUACAAGAGUUUGUAUGAUAAAUAUUUUGAUGUUUUUGUAAAAAUUAUCUGGAUUAAUUAAAAAUCGGGUUUCAUAAUCACAUAUGUUCUUCAAAUGUGCCCGAUUUGAAGAAUUUUGUUGGGAAAACGGUUUUACUCAAAGGGUAAAACCUAAAAAUGUUUUGAAAGGAAAUGUGUUAAGUUGCACAUCUGGGAAAAUGGCGUGUGGUCUUUUGGUCUGUCGAGUUUAGAACACUAACAAGAGUGGAUUUCUAAAGCAAAAUGGAAAUAAAAUUUGUGUAACCUUUUUUUCACGAUAUCAGAACACAUCAUUGGAAUGUUCUCCUCGGGAAUACUAGCAAUCACUCUUUAUCUUUAAUUGGCUACAUUUAGGUAAAUUUAAAAAUAAAUGCAAAGGGAUUUUGCUGUGUGGUAUUGACCUUUCUAUUGUUGAUGAAUAAACGCCGAUUUGCGGGGGCGUCGAAUGCAACUAUAACAUUCACUUGUGUUAACAGAUGUUGUGAGUUGUGACACAAUUCAACAAUUUCUGCAAACUUCUGACAUAAUCGGUUGCUUUGUUUCCAACAGAUAAACACUAUUUUCUUUUUUACAUUUCGUGUGACAUUUGCUCCAAACUGUGGCCAUCUGUUCUUUGUUUUACAUUAAUGGCUUUCCAUAGUUCUUUUAACUAAUGCCUUUAUACAUUUUGUGGUGUUUACUUUUUGGUUUUCCUUUGUGAAAUACGGGUCGACUGGAAAUUAAAAUUGUACAUCAACUUUUCCCAUAAUUAUUCUUUGUAUUUUGACAGAAGUGACCGUACAAAGAUCGAGUCCUGUUUGAAGUAUGUGGGUUAUCACAAUUUUCUGCAUAGCCCUUUACAAUCCACUCGAGUCUAUAAAAUUAUUGGUAUUCAUUUAUUUAUGAUUUUAUGGUUUUUAUUGCGGGUUAUUGUUUUGUGCAUGAAAAUGUAUCUGCAAAUGUAUUUCUCGAGUGUUUACAUGUUAAUACUAAUACACUCGUUGAAAUGAACGGCCCAUUACAAUGUGUGCACACAACCAAAAUAGACGCACGCCUUCAAUGUGGCUCAAUUUAAGAAUUGUACAAAUAAAAUCAUUAUUUGGGAAAUAAUCAGAAGCCCUAGGCCAAAGUCUAUCUUAAACGUGGGAAACUCAUUAAUAAUUCAUGGGUUUGCCUUUACUGCUGGUUGAAUGGUUAUCCCAAAA